CAUAAACUCACCCCUGCGGGCCAGCUGGCUUUCUCUGAGACUGGGGCUCCGGCUGUUCUGCUGAAUAACCACCUGGUAAUUAGCUCCACGAUUUUGCUACGAUGCUUAUAAUCGCCGCCAUUAAAGUUAUGGGAUUUUCAGGCCGUAAUGGCUUCCAGAGUAAUUAAUGCACAACUGGGUUUAUUGCUACGUUUAUUUUUAGAGUUUCCCUCCCUCAUCCCCCCUCCCUUUCCUUGCAUAGAUGUCUUGACCAGAACAGCCCCCUGCAUCCUUGCCUCCCCCCGUCUCCCUCCCCGCUUCUGGAAGGUUCUGGGACAGCAGCAGGGGUGGCUUUCCUAGGGGAGGGUGGCUCUAUGCCAGGGCUCACCCCCGUCUACGCCUGAUCAGGUUUGGGGGCUCGGGGGCCUGGAUGCUGCCUCCCCCAUGCCCCUGGUUGCAGGAGACCGAAGGGCCUGGGUUUACGUCUGCAUGUCCUGGCGUUGGCCUUGGGCAAGUCACUGUUGCAUUUCCCACGUGAAAUAGCGGUAAGGACACGGCGCGGAGCAGCCGGGGUUGUUGUGAUGCUGAACAGGAACUGCCCAGCGUCACCUUCGGACACCAUAGGUGUCAUCUCACAGCUGUCGUUACUAACAACAGCCCAGCAGACGAGCGGGAGGUUGAGCGAGUGCCAGAGGUAGAGGCGUGGAAUGUGGAGGCUGCCCAGAGGAAGCGUGCGGGCGGCGAUGUGUGUGCCACAGGAGCUGGGCGUGCACGCCGAAUUCGCCGAAUCGCACACAGCUCGCCUUGCCUGGCUUUCUCCACCCAGAACUUAGGGCCCUCCCCAAGAUAAAGGGCAUUUGAAAAAGCUCCAUUGGAGUCACGGAGGACCCAGAGGCAAUCUCCCAGCCAGGCCUUUUAGAUGCUCCCCUGUCCAUCAAAUGGCCUGAGCUCAGCCAGCCAAAUGGAGACCUUGAUCAGCCCAUUUGCAGCCCCUUCCGUGGUCUUGGAGUUGGGGACUGGGCUAGGGGUGUGGCAUAAGGUCACUGCUUCAUUUACACCCCAGGGCUGCCCCCUUUAUCCAGGCUCUGAAGAAACCAUCCGGCCCAAACAUGUGGCCAGCACCGUCGCAGAUUCAGUAUGUACACGCCAGGCGCCGUCCUCAGGGCUCUAGGGGUGCUGACUUGUUUAAUUCUCAGAACCACCUUGUGAAGUACAUGCUGAUGGUACCCAUUUCACAGAUGAGAAAACUGUGGCACGGACUGUUUCCGUGACUUGGCAAAGGAACAACAGCUUGUUGGUGGCAGAGUUCAGUGUUUAAACCAAUGCAGGUGUGUCUGAAGUCUGUGCCCUUAACCUCUGCUCCCUGCUGAGCAGCCCGGAGAAGGCAGUCCGGGCUCCACAUGACAAGCCAGGGCCAGGCCUGGCCCUCCUGGAUGCCGUCCCCCCACCCUCCCCAGGUCUCUGGCCAUCCUCUUCUGCUCUCUCUUGCAGGUAUGCACUUGGCAGGGUUCCUGACUGUGCCCUGAGCCACCACCCCUUCUGAAACUCUGGCCGAGCUGGACUCUGCAAACCUGCUUUCGCAAUGGGUAAUGAGGAGCUGUGGGCCCAGCCAGCCUUGGAGAUGCCGAAGAGACGGGACAUCCUUGCCAUCAUCCUCAUCGUGCUGCCCUGGACGCUGCUCGUCACCGUGUGGCACCAGAGCACCAUCGCGCCCCUGCUCACCGCGCACAAGGGUGAGUCCCCUCGCCCUGGCCUGGUGUCAGUAAUCCCGCGGGGACGGGCAUCGCUCCCGGUGGCACCCAGGGGCCUGACUCUGCGUCCCCUGCAGAUGCGCAGCACGCGGAGGGUGUCCGUGUGGCCCGUGGCCUUCGUCGGGGGCCUGCGGUACGAGGCCCCGCGGGUCAACGCGGCCGGGAAGGUGGUCGGCUGGAAGACGGUGUUCGACCCCCACCGGCCUUUUGCCAUAGACAUGGCCGGGUUCGCCGUCAACCUGCGGCUCAUCCUGCAGCGCAGCCAGGCCUACUUCAAGCUGCGCGGCGUGAAGGGCGGCUACCAGGAGAGCAGCCUCCUCCGGGAGCUGGUCACCCUCAGCGACCUGGAGCCCAAGGCCGCCAACUGCACCAAGAUCCUGGUCUGGCACACGCGGACGGAGAAGCCCGUGCUGGUGAACGAGGGCAAAAAGGGCUUUACGGACCCCACGGUGGAGAUCUGAGCCCCGGGACGCAGGAGCCUCUUCUCACACCCUGAUCCUGCCUUCCAUCCUCUCCCCGUGGCUGACGGUCCUCCAAGGCAAACUCCGAACGAAUGGCCACCAGCCUCCUUUCUAUCCUGGGGCGUCAGAGAGCCCAGCCUGAGGCCAGGACCAAGGACGGAGAGCCUAAAGCACAGAAACCCCAGACGUGUCGUUCCCUUCCACCCAGCGCGGCAGGGCCCCGCUGCCAGCCCGGCCCCCGCCCUCCUCCCCGGAGGUUCUUACACCCCAGGCUCAAGUGAUGCCAGACAGCGGGGCGUCGGAAAAGACUCGGCGGUCACGUGGAGGUGGCCCUCCUGGCUCCCUGCUCCUGGGUCCAGCAUAGCCACACAGGCCAGCCGGGCAGAGGAUUCUGAACACCAUCCAGCAGGCCCUGCCCGGGCACCAGGAGCACCCGCCCCUCCUCGGAGAGUUGCUCCCAAGUACACGUGUCUCUGUGGCUGUUCUCUAGUCCCUGUCUCCAGAGCAUAAGUCCGUCUUUGAUCCCAGCAGCGGUCAGCCCUGCAGGAGGGAGCAGGCCUAGCCCCCAGGCUCCCCCGUGCCCCGGGCUGUGGUGGGAAAGGAGCUCCUUCCUCCCCACCCGCCCCCCAGGCCCCUCAACCCUGCAGCACAGAGAAGCAGAUGGGCCUCAAGCCAGCACAGGCCACGGGUUGGCCUGGACCACGACCACAUGGGCCCGUCCCCCACGCUGCCACCCCCACGCCCACUGGGCGCCAGGGACCUUUGCCUGGGCCAGGACGGGGAGGGCAGGAGCCCUCUUCCUGAAGCCUUGAGAGCCACAGACCUCAGGGGCAGAGAGGUGGGGGCAAUUCCAAGCCUCCUUCCUGCCCCUGGUUUGGGGGCAGGAGGGGGACUGUGUUAGCAGAGAUAUUUCUGGGAAGGGACCGAGAUCAUUUGGACACAGAGGGGAAAGGAUACUCGAGCACACACGACGUUGGAAAUCAUUCUAUUUUAAACACAACGUGGGAAAGAAAAAUCUCCCUUCUCCCCAGGUGGGGAGCCUGCAGAGCGAGCCGCCCGAGAACGGUGCAUGCGCUGGCAGCUCCCCCCGCCAGGGGGCGUGUGUCCGGCUCUCCCGCCGCCGGACGGGCCCCUAGCUUUCUGGCCAGGGACAGCGCCCUCUGGCGGCGACCCCACUCCUCCUGCUCCUGAAAGUCGGAAGCACAAUUUUCCUCCCGCGCGGAGGGAAAAGGAAAGGCUUGAGCCUACGGAAGGGGUGUUUAUUUUUUAACCGCUAACACUUCAUUUAAACUCACAGGACCGGUCUGAGGACCACAGAGAACCCACUCUUGGAGGAGGGGGUCAUGGGGGGAGGGGAGGGAAUUGGACUUAGUCCAGCAACCUAAACAUUCAAAAAA